AUGGAAAUAUUGCAUUUAUAUUAAUGUUAGCUGUGUAAAUGUCCUUUGAGGGUUUCCUGGGAGGUACUGUAAGUCUUUUAUGCUACUGAGCUUCUGCGGCAUAUUCUAGUAUGUUCUUGGAUCAACGUCUUAAAGGGAGACAUAGCACUUCUGUACGAUUUCUCACCCAUCAGCAAAAGCCAGUGACAUCAUUAUUAUCACCUGAUCUGCAACGUGUUUGCCUGCCGUCAGCAUCAGCACUUGCCAGCAACGUUAACACCGAACGCAUUUGACAUUAUCUGGGAGACCAUGAGCAGCAACUACAGUGUCACUCUCUUAGGCCCUGCCCCCUGGGGCUUCAGGCUGCAAGGAGGGAAGGACUUCAACAUGCCCCUCACCAUCUCCAGGCUCACGGAUGGUGGGAAGGCAGCUAAAGCUGCUAUUGCUGUUGGAGACGUGGUUUUGUCCAUAGACGGCAUCGCCACAGAGAGCAUGAACCACCUGGAGGCCCAGAACAAGAUCAAGAGCUGCACUGACAACCUCAGCCUCACCCUGCAGAAGGCCUCCAGUGUUGCCAAACCUCCCCCUGUGGCACCAAAGACUGCAGCACCUCCUCCAGUCACAAAUGGACCUCAAAGUAUUUUGAAGAAACCCAAUCCACCAAGAGUUCCCAGGAGACACAUUGUGGACACAGACAUCCAUUUUUACCAUGUGCCCACUCAUGCUGAUGCCAGCAGGAAGCGCAUAAUGGAGGACACAGAGGACUGGCGCCCGCGCACUGGCACCACCCAGUCCAGAUCCUUCAAGAUUCUGGCUCAGAUCACUGGCACCGAGCAUGUUCAAGAUGAGGAAGCUGACAAAUCCAAGAAAACAAACUUCCUUAGCUCCCUCACACUUUCCUCUUCUAGUUGUCUCACUGACUCUGAGACAAACAGUGGGAAGGUCAGUGAGAGAUCUCCAGCACAUCAAUCUUCUGACCAAGUAGGUGUUCCACUCACAAUGUUCAGUGGCCUGAACGAUGCAGAGGACCCCCUCACAUCUGCUCACACUGACCAACAGCAGCCACGGGUGGCAGGCUCAUCAGCCGAUCGGCAGUGGCCAGAGAAGGACACUGUAAUCCCACAUGAUGUCCACAUUUCCAAUCCUGAGAGCCUCUUAAAAACCCAAAAUCAAGAGAACAACAUAUCAUCUACAACACACCUUCAUGUAGUUAGCACCCCAAUGUCGUAUUCAAAUAAUUUUGACAUGUUUUGUCAAAUACACCCAACUCAUUUGUCUAACGGGAACUAUCCAUUAGCUCCAGUGCUUGUACCUUUAACAUAUAAUGGCUCAGCUCUAAUCCAAAUGUCAUCAUCUCACACCCGUCAUGACAUCUGUACAGAUGCACAAAAGUCAAAUGACACUUCUCUUGAUGCUGUCUUUUUGCAAGCCAACACGCCCCAUUCUUUACUUGGACCGAGUCCUGUUUGUACCCAGACUCCAGCAUCGUGUUUGCCUAUUCUUAGUGUAUUUCCUGCCCAGAGAGUAGGAGUAUACUCCCCAUGUGGUAGCAGCUCUGUACCAGCUCAAAACCAAGCACUAGGGGCCUCCUCUGAUCCAGUCCCUGUCCAUAGACCAUCUACCUCAGACUUUACUCUUACAGCUCCACCAAGCAUUCAACUACUCACUGCUGAAAGAAGUUCCUUGGGGACACCACUAGAGGGCAGCAAAGAUUUGGGAAAGUUUGAGUCCAUUAACUGUUUGACUGGCCAUGAUGAUGACAACCAUAAAUUAAAUAAUCCUGCUGCUGAGUCUUUGAGGGCAGCACAAACUCUGUUUCACCUUUCACCUCGACACAGUUCCCUAGUCCAAGUCAGCACUCAUCUAUCUCAUAUAUCAGCUCGUCAUCAUGUACUCUCAACCAAACCAGUCAGGAGAGAACUCCUGACAAGUCCUCUAAACUUCUUGCCCAGAGCAGCCCCCUGCCCCCCUCCCCUCACCCCCAGUGCCCCUGAACAGCCCACACGACAGCCAUACACUGAGCGCCAUAGUCCAGUGCAGGCAAGAACAACUUAUCAGAACAAUCCUAGGCCUCCUGAGAAGGCAGUGUCUCAGUCCUUAUUGGACGCCCUGCUCAUCACUCCAGUUUUUCAAGCUCCACCACUAUGCUUGAGGAAAAAGAAGAAGCAUCGUAAAGUCAGUGAGCUGCACCUGCCCAAGAACAAGAGGGUGUCUUGGCAUCAAUCUGUCACAGAAGAGGGAGACCCUCUCUACUCUUCCCCCGUCAAUGCUGUCUAUGUCUUUAGUGAGGAGAGUGAGGAGCCUGAACUCAACAGCCAUGAGUCUGCCGUUGUGAAGACCAUGGUCAAAGGACCUGCUGCAACCAAGGGUCACCGUCCACAUAGUGCUUUGAUCACUCCGUCCUUUGGUAUGAAGGGUAAUGGCAGUGCCAGUGUCCCAAGGGGUCCUGUCCCAAUCCGACCUGUCCCUCAGCCCCACCCUAAAGAUGAGGACACCCUCGUCCAGAUGGCAGAACACAUCCCUGCCGGGACUCGUACACCCAUGUGUGCCCACUGCAACCUGGUCAUCAGAGGGCCCUUUUUAGUAGCAAUGGGUAAAUCAUGGCAUAAGGAGGAAUUUAACUGCGCCCACUGCCAUACAUCCCUGGCAGAGAUAGGCUUUGUGGAGGAACAGGGAUGCGUCUACUGUGAACACUGCUAUGAAGAGUUCUUCGCUCCAACAUGCAGCCGCUGCCAGGCCAAGAUACUGGGGGAGGUGAUAAAUGCCCUCAAACAGACGUGGCAUGUGUAUUGCUUUCUGUGCGCUUGCUGUCAGCAGCCAAUCAGAAACAACACCUUCCAUCUGGAGGACGGAGAACCAUACUGUGAACAAGACUUCUACAGUUUGUUUGGGACUGGCUGCCAUGGCUGCGAGUUCCCCAUCGAGGCUGGAGACAAGUUCCUGGAGGCCCUUGGUUACACCUGGCAUGACACCUGCUUCGUUUGUGCUGUGUGCUGUACCACGCUGGAAGGCCAGACCUUCUUCUCCAAGAAAGACAAACCUCUUUGCAAGAAACAUGCUCAGACACUGAAGAUAUGAAUCUUGGACUCUUUUCACACUUUUUUGGCCAUACGUCCUGUUUUGGUGGCUCAAGAAGACUUCUUACUGUAAUAAUAGCCCCUGCAACAAUACAACUCAAGCAUUACUCAUCCAUGCAAGGUGAUGGCUCCUGCAGGUGAGCUAAUUUAGUUAAUUUAGUAUUCAGGCACCCAAACCCAUCAUAAAGAAAACAUAAUUAACUUUUUUCUUGGGAUCCCUACCAGAAGCAGCAACAGGUUUUUACCAAUUUAUAAUAGAAAAUACUGUAUUUGGAACCAAAGUUGGAGUUUAAACUGAUUUUAAUCUGGAUUUCUUGUGCUCAUGGAUCCACAGAAGAGUUUUACUGCCAAAUGGUGCAGCGUAUGUGUAUUACCACCACAAUCACCAAAGUCAGUAAUUUAAUAAUACAUAAGAUUCUGUGAUCCUAGUGGUUAUUUCUUGAUCCAGAGUUUAAUCUUGAAGCAUUCUUAGAGACAUGACAGCAGUGAGAUCACAUUUUCUAUUCUACCCUGUUAAAUUACACAUCACUCAUGGUAAUUAGAUUGCACCAUAAAUGUGUGAAAAUAUAUAUUCAUACCCAUAAUAUAUGAAUACAAUGACCAGGCGUUUAUUUUUGUUAGUGUUAAUGUUUGUGUAGCUUUAAUCAAAUUACAGUCUGACCAACAGCUAUUAAGAGUUUAAGUGAAUAUUAGCACUAUAUAUAUACAUAUAUUCACACUCAACAUGAUAUGAACAGCAAUUAAAUUAAAAGAAUCUGCAUCAAUUUAAAGUAGGUUGGGCUGAAUGUCUGAGAUGAUGAUAAAAACUGUUGCCUUUGAUAAAUGCUUAGAAUUAAUUUAACUUCUGCAUUUUUUAAAUGAAUUCUAUGUGUUGUAUUUUCCAUUUGUUGUGUGAAACAGGUUCUCAAGAAUAUUACAAAACAAAAGGUCACAUUUAGUAAUUUAGUUUAGAAUUUGGAACAGUAAGGCACUAAGACACGGAGACAAAAAGAAAGAGAAGCGAUCUUGAUUUUAUGGAGGACACAAUUGGCCCUAAAUAUAAAAAAAAUGAAUAUACAUACAGAAUGAAUAAAUGUAUAACAAAAUAUAAAGCCCAUAUUUACAUAUUUAUGUAUUUCUCCUUGCUAUGAGUGAUCUUUACAAAUGCAUAGCAAAGGCAGAAAUAUGUUUUCGAUACUGAGUGCCACAUAGUUUCGUGAAUCAUAUUCAUAUUUUUCUUUAUUUUACCUCGUUAUUAUAUAUAUAUAUUAAUUUUGUAUUUUUACUAAUUGCAUUCAUUUCUGGUUGAUUUGCUCCUCUAUAUGUUUCAUAAAUGUAAGAAGCUCUUUCUGGCCUGCAGGAAAGUAAGGUGUCAAACAUGGAUACUAUAAUCCUUGUGUAGUAAACUCUGUAUAUUUUAUUUUGUUGAUAGAGGGGAGAAAUUUCCUAUCAGACAAUAUGUAUUUAACUUUUCAGGGACUGGUGGAGGGAAUGGAUGGCAGGAAGUUUCUUCUAUGUUUUCAGUGUCUCAACCAACUGUCACUUGACUUAACUGUCCCAACAUGUUGAUUUGACGAUAUUCACUUUUCACUAUCGCUGAGCCGUACCUGUAUGGUCUGUUUUGCUUUGUUUUCCAAAGAACAGAGCAACUGGCAACAAAACUCUCUGUUUGUAUCUGUCACUGAAAUCUGUAAUUUUACGUAAUUAUCGUUAAAAAAAAUUCUGGGUUUUUACUGCAUGGGACAAAAAGGGGUUAGUACAAUGUACAGUGUAAACUAGAUCUGGUUAAAAAAAGAAAGAAAGAAUCACCUAUAAAAGUACAGUUUGAACUAUUCAAAUUGAUCUGAGUUUUUUUUAAAUAAAUGAUGUACCUUUAA